UGGUUCAAAGUUGCUGGGAGCCGCAGAAACAACCGCAGCUACCUACCACACACGACCAUGGGCCCUCGAAAGCAUUCCCGCUCGUCGUCAUCGUCGUCGUCAGGUUCUAGUCGAAGCCCCUCACGACAUCGGAGAAGUCCUUCACCAAAACGCCGCUCCAGCGAGCGAUUUUCGCGAAGAAGCGGAUCCAGACAACGCGACCGACGCCGACGAGACCGAUCCCAUUCGCCCAAACGACCUCGAACGACGCGAGAUCGUAGUAAUGACAGAGAUGGAGGACAAGGGGACCGACGUCGAGAUCACGAUGACAACGAUCGGCGACGCCGCCGUUCUCCCCGUUCACCAAACGUUUCUUCCCGUGACAAUGCAAAAAUGAGUAACAAGGAGAAUACCACGCCAUCGUCCACCCAAGACGAGCAAGCACAAGCACCCAAAAGCAAGACUGUCAACAUCCUGACGCAGGACACACGCAGCGGUCGCACCGGUGGGGUGUACAUUCCUCCAUUCAAGCUUGCGCAAAUGAAGAAGGAAGUGGAAGACAAAACGUCGCAGGAGUACCAACGUAUGACGUGGGACGCGUUGCGCAAGAGCAUCAACGGGCACAUCAACAAAGUCAACGUUUCCAACAUCGCCAACAUCAUCCCAGAGCUGUUCCAGGAAAACCUCGUGCGUGGCCGCGGCCUUCUCGUGCGUUCGAUCAUGAAGGCCCAGCUUGCAUCCCCCGGGUUCACACACAUCUACGCAGCCUUGGUGGCCGUCAUCAAUACAAAACUUCCCGAGAACGGCGAGCUGCUUGUGAAGCGCGUGGUGCACCGCUUUCGCCGGUCGUUCAAGCGAGGGGACAAGGUCGUCGCGAUCGCUCUCGUUCGGUUCAUUGCGCAUCUGGUGAACCAACAAGUCGUGCACGAACUUCUCGCACUGCAGGUGCUGUGGCUCUUGAUCAAGAACCCGACAGACGACUCGGUCGAAGUUGCGGUCAACUUUACCAAGGAAUGCGGCGCCAUGAUGUCGGAAGUGUGCCCAGAAGGCAUGCGCGGGAUCUUUGAACGGUUCCGAGGCAUUCUGCAUGAAGGCGAGAUCGACAAGCGUGUGCAGUACACGAUUGAAGGCCUGUUUGCGAUCCGCAAGGGCGGGUUUGCCGAUUACCCGAGCGUCCACGAGGCGCUGGACCUGGUCGACUCGAACGACCAGAUCACGCACGAACUCGGUCUCGAGGACGAAGUGGAUGUUGAAGACAAGCUCGACGUGUUCCGGUUCGACCCGGAAUUUGCCAAGAAUGAAAAGAUGUGGGCCGAGAUCAAGAAGGAGCUCCUUGGCGAAGACAGCUCGGACGAGGACGGUGAAGACGGCGACGACGAGAGCGGCGACUCGUCCGAGGACGAGGGCGAGCCGACCCAGCAAGUCGCCAACAACAAGGUUGUGAUCCACGACUUCAGCGAACAAGACCUGGUCAAUCUCCGCCGCACGAUUUACCUGACGAUCAUGUCGAGUGUGUCGCAUGAAGAAUGCGCGCACAAACUUCUCCGCCUCAACAUUCGACCGGGCCAAGAGCCCGAGAUCUGCUCCAUGCUCAUUGACUGCUGUGCCCAGGAGCGCACGUACCUGCGGUACUAUGGUCUUCUCGGCCAGCGUUUUUGCCUCGUCAAGCGCGAGUACCAGUCGGCCUUUGACGACAGCUUUGCCAACCAGUACGCGACCAUCCACCGCCUCGAAACCAACAAACUGCGCAACGUGGCCAAGUUUUUUGCGCAUUUGCUGUUCUCGGACGCGCUGCCGUGGACGGUCUUUGAAUACAUUCGGCUGAACGAAGAAGAAACCACGUCGUCGAGCCGCAUCUUUAUCAAGAUCCUUGUGCAAGAACUGUCGGAGCACCUUGGCGUCCAGAAACUCAAGGACCGCUUCCUCGACGAGUACAUGGUGACGACGUUCGCCGGGCUCUUCCCCAAGGACAACCCGCGCAACACCCGCUUCGCCAUCAACUUUUUCACGUCGAUCGGUCUGGGCGGGCUGACGACGGACCUCCGGGAACACCUGAAGAAUGCUCCAAAGAUGCUCAUGGCCGCCGCUCCAAAGGACGAUUCGUCGUCGGACAGUAGCAGCAGCAGUAGCUCGAGCUCGUCCUCGUCGAGCGGGUCCUCCUCCAGUGAUUCGUCGUCCAGUGACUCGUCCAGCGACAGUAGUUCGAGUGAUUCCGACUAACUUUGGCCUGCCUUGUAUGUACUUGCUGCUUGAAACCCACUCUACAGUCCAACGCGACGAAAAAAAGAUGUCGGCAACACAAUGCAUGGUCCCAUUUUUGUUCCAUCGUCGUCUACACAUACGAAGCGUACCUCGUGAUCGUCCAAGACAGACUCGGCAAGGAACGGCAUCGUUCGCUCCUGGUCGUUCGCACCGCGCGCGCGCUCGCAUGGCCAAAUGCCGCGCCGCGAUGGCUCCCGACGGUGCCGGAAUCGACGAAAAGUGG